CGUCACUAUCUCAGUUGCAAGAUGGCGAACGUUCGGGAUAGUGACACAUCGUUGUGGCUCCACAAUAAACUCGGAACUUCGAACGAUUCUUGGACAACCGGCUCAAUUUGUACACAAUUAAACGCUGAAGUUUUGAAAAAUAUAAAGGAUUGUUUUCCAGAUUUGCAAACACAAGUGAAACUAAAAUUAUUGCUAAGUUUCUUUCAUAUCCCGCGCAGAAAUGUUGAAGAGUGGAGAAAUGAAUUGGAAGAGAUUAUUGAGGUUGCAGCAGUCGACUCAGAUCUCUGGGUGGCGAUGCUCGCAGAAGUCCUUAAAACAUUCCCUUCAGCCGGUACCCUUAAUACAGAGAUAGCAGAGUUUGAUGAGACGAGGCCUAUCUUCAGUGACAUGAUCGGCGAGCUAAGAAGAGCCUUAGCUAAACAUUCAGACCUUGGACUAUUACCACUUGAGUGCCUUUAUUUAAAUAAAAAUGCCUUAGUUUCUGUGGUGGGACAACAACCCAACCCAGUGAAGCACUUUACUUUGAAACGUAAACCGAAGUCAGUGGCGCUGCGCACGGAGCUGCUCAGCAAGGCGGCCGAGGUGCAAGCCAACCAGAAGAAAGCGCAGGCGCCCACCGUGCCCGUGCGCAGCCGGGGCAUGCCCAGGAAGAUGACGGACACAACCCCGCUGAAGGGCCUGCCGUCCCGCUGGGCGGCCCGCAGCGGCGCGCGAGCCCCCCCCGCCGUGCGGCCCCCCCCGCGCUCUGGCAUCAAGCUGCUCGACAUCACGGAGCAGCCCGCCACGCACGCGCAGAUCAAGAAGCGCAGGAAGCUCGAAAUGGAGGAAGGUUCAAAGAAAGCUCCCCCAGCGGCGCCCUCGUCUCCGCCGCCUGACUACGCCAAGGGACUCAACAACUUCCAGAUGCCCAAAGCGGAUGAGCCACCACCCAGCAACGAGCCUGCGAGUGAGGCGGACGGUGUGGAGGGCCCGGAGGGUGCGGAGAGUGCGGACAGCGUGGAGGGCGCGGAGAGUGCGGAGAGCGCGGAGGGAGAGAGCACGCCCGCGCCCGCGCCCGCGCCGCUGCUCGUGCAGCAGGGCUCGGGUGCGAAACCCAUCGUGUUGGGACAGCAGCCCAAGCUGCUGUUGGCGGGCCAGGCGGGCGGCAAGCCGGUGCUGCUGGCGGCGCAGGGCUUGCUCAACACGUCGGCGGUGCUGCUGCAGCAGGGCGGGAAGGCGGUGCUGUUACAGAACAUCAAGCCGAUGGCGCAACAAGUUGUACAGCAGACGACACCGCAGAAUAUACCACAUCAAAUAACACAUCCUGUGGCGCCGCCCGCGCCCGCGCCCCCCGCGCCGCCCGCGCCCGCCGCGCCCGCGCAGACGCCGCUACUGCCGCGCCGCGGGCUGUCGCUCACGCGUGAGCAAAUGAUGGAGGCCCAAGACAUGUUCCGGAACGCCAAUCGAGUCACGAGACCUGAAAAGGCGCUCAUUCUCGGCUUUAUGGCUGGUUCCAGAGACAACCCCUGUCCGAACCUUGGCAACAUAGUAACGAUAAAGCUCUCAGAGAACAUAGAGAAUGUUCUACAAUCGGACGACACAUACCUCACGAUGCUGUCCGAGAUGCACUUCCAAAUGAACUACAACAACGGCCAGUGGACGAGACUCAAAAAGUACAGACACAUAGACGGUAUGGUCCCGCAAAAGAUCCCGCCGGGCUCUACGGUGAUAGCGGCCAACAAUCAGCAGCCGGUCGUUUCCAUCGCCAACCAGAGUGUCAGUUAAGGUUUGUCAUGCCCCACGUCGUUGUUCUUGCAAUGUGAUAUAAUAAAGUGUUAACGUUGAAUGUGUAAUAGGAUAUUAAUACAAUUGAUUAACGAGGUCUGCAUUGUGGUUAGACUCGGUGGCCUUCCGACCGGAUCCGGAGAUGUUGCAAUCACAGCGAUAAUUGUUAUCAAUGUGUGAACGUUGAAGUAAUUUUAAAUGAUUUCGAAUUCCAGGUGAUUUUAAAAAUAAAAACUGGACUUGAAUUUAGAUUAAUUAGGAUUCAGAUUAUUUCGUUUUACGAUUUAAAAAAACGUUAUGUAUUUUCUUUUCUUUUUUUUAUAUAAAAUUUCGUGAGUCGAUAUAAUCUGUUCCAGAAAUACUUGUAUAUGUUAGUUUAGUUGUUUUUGUAUUUUUUAAAUUAGAAUAAUCUGUGAAGUUUUGUUGAUCUCAAGGAUGACUAUUCUUGGCAUUAUUUCAGUAUAGUUUGUGCCAAAAUUAUUUUCAAAAUUAUAAACGUAUAAUUAUUAUAGUUGCUUAGUUUUGAAUAGCAUGAAAAAUUUAAGGCGUUUUCAGAUGCGUCGCUCAUACACAUUUUAUUAUAGACUAGAUAUCCAACGAGACGCAUUUGUUAACGCCUUACAAAAUUCAUUUUUACUAUCUUAACGUUUAAUAAUAAAACGCUUUAACUUAUGCCUAAAGAGCCUUGUAUUUAGCGUCAUAAAAAAAACCACGAUAUUUACAAACUAGGGAUAUACAAAAAGUUUAAUUAAAAAGUUGAAUUUGAAACGAAAUGCAAUACAUUUUUUCUCCUGUAAAAAUAUGUUUAUUUUUGUAUAGUCAAUCUUAUGUUGUAAAGCAUUUGUUUGAUAUUUAAAUAAUGAUAAAUAUUCUCAGCAAAUUUAAAUCAAAGUAACAUCUUCUCCAUGUUUUUCUUUUAACGCAAACCUCAGGUUUGCUUGAACGAAUCGGACUUUUAAAUUUAGGAAAAUGUAUCUAUUCCAUAUU